AACAAACCCUACCCCAAAUCCCGUUUCUGCCGCGGGGUCCCCGACCCAAAAAUCCGAAUUUUCGAUUUGGGGAGGAAAAAAGCAAAAGUGGACGAGUUCCCCCUGUGYGGUCACAUGGUGUCCGAUGAGUACGAGCAGCUCAGUUCUGAGGGUAAGGAAACUUUUUUUGGGAAGAUUUUGGGGUUUUUGGGAAGAUUUUGGGAUUUUUGGGGAGUCUCUGAAUUGGGUCUGGGGUCUCUCAGGCUGCAGACAGGAAUGCGGGGCGCCUUUGGGAAGCCGCAGGGCACGGUGGCCCGGGUGCACAUCGGGCAGGUGAUCAUGUCCAUCCGCACCAAAGCCCAGAACAAGGAGCACGUGGUGGAGGCGCUGCGCAGGGCCAAGUUCAAAUUCCCGGGGAGACAGAAGAUCCACAUCUCCAAGAAAUGGGGCUUCACCAAGUUCAACGCCGACGCUUUCGAGGAGAUGGUGGCUCAGAAACGUUUGAUCCCCGACGGCUGCGGCGUCAAAUACGUCCCGUCCCGGGGACCCCUGGAGCGCUGGAGGGCUCUGCACGCCUGAAACCCCAAAAAACACCCCAAAAA